CAAGCUCGAAAGUCGUUGAACAUUUAAACGGGAUGAUUGAUUAAGGUUUACCGGAGCGGCAUCGGCCGGUUGCUCGCAUGCUGCAGCCGAUCUGCGGCUCACAUGAUAGGGCAGUUGCUCAUUCUUUGCUCGAGGCGAAGCAACGACCAACGAUGCGGUCACUUAUGAUAUGAUUCAGAUGAAGCUCGGAUCUACGAUGGCUCUGCUACUGCUUUCGUCGACGAGGGCGACCUUGUUCCCCAAAGCCAUCUACAGCUUAGCUGGUCUACCUAGAAAUCUCGAUCCAAGGCAAUGGUUUCGCCAAGACCAGUGCAGGCAUCUGCACACCGCUUCACUGUUGGCAUUUUCAACAAGGCAAGAUAGCACGAUUAGCAAGGGAGGAAAUGACUCACAAUCCAAUGUCACCAUCACGUCGAGCUCAUCGGUAGACGAGGUUGCAUCUGGUGAAUCAAUCAAAUAUCAUCACCAGACCAUCAAAGACGCCUCAAAUUCUCUCGGACCGAUACUCGAUGAACUCCCGAGCGAGAUCGACUAUGCUGUGGCGUACGGUAGUGGCGUGAUGAAACAGGCGAACGCAGUAGGACCCCCACCGAUGAUCGACCUGCUCUUGGCUACGCCAUCCUCGGAAAUGUUUCACGCCUCAAACCUGCGGCGCAACCCAUCCCAUUAUCCAUUUCAUGCGAGAUUACUGGGACCGCGUUGGGUGACUCGGAUACAAGAAUGGGGCCCAGGGGCAUGGUAUAUCCCUCAGGUAUCCUUGGCAGGCAAAAACGUCAAGUACGGCGUCGUCUCAUCUUCGAGAAUCCUUUCUGAUCUUCGAAAGUGGGACAGCUUCUACUUCUCUGGACGCCUCCAAAAGCCUACGGUGCAAUUGGUUCUCGCCAAAUCGGCAAACAGACAAUUCGAAGGAGCCCUUGAAGCCAAUGACGUUGCUGCAUUGUCGCUUGCUCUCGCCUUGAUACCCGAGUCAAGCUUCUCAGAGUACAUGCUUUGGGAGAAGAUUGCCGGUCUAUCUUACGCUGGUGAUCCGAGGAUGGGAAUAGGCGGAGAAAAUCCAGACAAGGUCAAGAACAUCGUCAGGGGUCCGGGAUCUUUGCAAGGCUUUAGGGAGAAAUACGGUUCACAUUUGGCUGAACUGGAGGUCAGUAUCGAAGGGAGUGAGAAGGGAUCUCGGCUACAAUGGCAGGAGAAGCAAGAGACUAUGCUUCAAAAAUCCCCAUCUUUACAGCACCUCUCCAACAUGUACUCUCGGCUCCCCCACACCAUCAAGGACUCGGUGAACCUGAGUCUCGGUCUCGAUGGCGAUGCCACCAAGGAUAUGACCGAAGAGCGGGCGACUGCCCUCAGAUCAGCCUUACUCACAGCGAUCAAGCAGAUCAGCGGGCGACCAGCUCUAACACAAUCGAUGAAAGGGUUGAUUACAGCAGGCUUGACCAAGAGCAUCUCAUACGCCUUGGCCAAGUUGCAAAAGGCAUCGGCGGGGAAGAAAAAGUGAAUUCAAAAGCUCGAUUCGAUCGAUACCCGGCACAGUUUAUACCACCAAUAAGAAGCAGUGACUUUAUCAUACA